AUGGACCGCAGCUGCAGCCCCAUCAAGAUUGCCGUCAAGACGUCCGAGGGAUGUAAGCUGAUUGUAGCGGACAAGGUUGUCUCUGCCAUCCCCCCGACGCUCGAGAACUUGGGAGGUUACGACUUGUCAAGGGAUGAGAAGCACCUGUUUAGCAAGUGGAAGAGCAAUGGGUACUAUACGGGCCUUAUGAACAACACGGGGCUCCCCGCCGGCCUGUCUCUCCGAUCGACUCAGCCCAGUCAGCCGUACUCGCUGCCCAAGCUGCCGAGUAUUUACACGCUUGGCCGCACGACGCCGACAGAGCUUACGAGCGUGUACUACGGCUCGCCGACUGUGUUGAGCGUGGAGGAAGUCAAGGCGGAUAUUGAAACGGCGCUGGCGCGGUUGCAGAAGGAAAAGGGGUUCCCGGAGACGAAGCCUGAUUGGGUAGUCAUGUCGAGCCACGCGCCGUUUAACUUGGAGGUGAGCACGGAGGAGAUUAAGAGGGGAUUUUAUGAGAGGCUAUGGGAGUUGAAUGGGGAGAGGAAUACCUUUUACAAUGGUGCUGCGUUUAUGGCGCAGGAUAGUACGGUGAUUUGGCAGUAUACGGAGAAUGUGUUGCUGCCUAUGAUUCUGGAGUCGCUGGAAUAA